CUUAACCAUACAGCCGGGAAAGGAGGCAGCGGCGAUUCAACGCAAGGGCCCGGAGUCGCGUCUCGGGCUCUCCACGUCGAUAUUACUGACCGCGAAAGCGUGCGCAUGGUGAGCUGCGGACAAGAGCAAGGGGUGAGCGAGCCUUCCUACAUAAAGCGCGGCAGCCACACUGUGUCUCCUUGGCCACGCUACCCCUUGAAUUCGAUCUCUCUCCCGACAAAUCGGCGGCUGGAGGACGUCACGAACCGCGAAAACUUCAUUUCCUCAAAGGAAUCUUGAACCAUGCACGUCUUCUCCAUCAUCGCCCUCCUCGGUGCCGCCACGCUUGGAGCCACCCAGGGCUCCAACGCGACCACCGUGACAGGCAAGCUGGGAGAUGCGAAGCCGGUGCGAAACAACCCCGUCAUCGGGGAGACGUGGGUCGCCACCUUCGACUCGACCGUCAAGGGCAGAGUCACCGCGGUAGCUGCCACGGUCGGCAUCAACUACACCAUCGAUGUGCAGGGACUGGCGGUGGACAAAGGGCCAUACAAAUACCACAUCCACCUGCAUCCCGUGCCGGAGAGCGGCAACUGCACCGAGACAGGCGGCCACCUCGACUCGUACGAGCGCGGGGACACGCCGCCGUGCGACAGCUCCAAGCCCCAGACCUGCGAGGUGGGCGACCUGUCGGGGAAGUACGGCACCGUGCCGGGCCCCGUCGUCAUGAAGGAGUAAGUGGACGCGGACCUGAUUACCCCGGAGCCGAGGGCGGUGACGAAGGGCACGAUAUGUUUUGCUGAUCGAGCCCUGCAUCUCCGUUACAGGUUCAAUGACCCGUACACGGCCCUGAAUAAGAUCCAGCUCGGUUAUAUCGGCAACCGCUCCAUCGUGUUCCAUGAUGCUAGCGCUGCCCGGAUUGCGUGUGCGACGCUGGUGAAGGUCGAGACGAUAUGCUAGGCUUGGACUUUUGAUUCCGAAGCGGAUGACGCGGGCAGCGAAGUUGGAUGUGUAUGCCGGAGGAGCGGGACAAACGUCUUGUUGCCGGCUAAGUUGCUCAAGGUCCGGAGAUGUAAGCAAUAUAUACCACUAGGAUCAAUCGUAGUGUUGAGGAUGUUGUAU